UAAGGGGAAGCCCCGCCCUCUCCCCCGGAAGUGGAAGCUGCCGCGGUCACAGGCGGGCGGAAGGCGGAAGUGGGGAGAGAGGCGGACCCGGGGGGGCAAGAGGAGGAGGAGACCCCCCCCCGGGCACCGGGAGCAGGCACUUAUACGGCUGUGCUUUUGUACUGACCCCUGCUGGGUUGCAGGAACAGCCUCACAGAGGGUCACUUCUGAUUCUUGGGGCCAGGGCAGGAAACCUGGUGAUUCAAGCGAUGGCCAGUGGAUUUCUCUCCAAGUGCCGGUGAAAGCUGCAUGCAAGGAAGUUCUGUAUCGCCACGGCUAGCACGUCGGCUUCCCAUGUGGGGUGAGAGGGGAAUUCACUGGCACUUGUGGGGGUAGAUCUUUGAGAGCUGAAUACCUGGGAUCCGGACUACGACCAUCUGCUGACCUCAGUGGCUCAGCCGCAAGCAGCUAUUGGGUGGCUGCUGCUGAGCUACGAAUGAGUUGAGGUGGGGGAAGCUCUGUCCCCCUUCCAGGGGCCCCCAGUCUGCUCUGCUCUCAGUGUGUGUCAGAAGGACAAAGGCUACAAAAUGACAGUUGUAACUUAACCCUUGCUGGUCCAGGACAGCUCUUGGGGCAAGGCAAUAGAGAAGCAGAUCUCUGGAGGAAGAGGGAUGUGUGAAACCAAACCGGAUAGUUCCUGCUGCUGGAGUGGCAAGCUCUCCCGGAGCAGGGGUGCACCAGGUGCCAGCCUUUGUGGGCAUAACAGAUCCUUGUUCUCAAGUUUUGGGGAUCUGGGAAGCACUGGGCCUAACGGCUGCCAGUUCUUCCAAGAAUGCUGCGGUUCUUAAGGCCCAGAACGUAUGUCUCCAAGCCAAAGCUGGCCGAAAGAACUCCACAGAGCCGCCAAAGGCUUGGAACCGAUGGAGGCUCGGGGGCCAGCUGCUGCUGGGACUCCUAGUGUGCGUGAGACAUUGCUAGCCGAACUAUCAGCCGAGAGGCUAGGGAAGGUGGAGGAGGCCGGCCAUUCUCCCCCUCAGGGCUUUCCAGAAGGCGGAGGGCAGAGGACUUCCUGCACCACAGGGGAGGAUGUUGGUUGGAAUGGAAGCUGCGACCAAGUACCGAUGGGGUUGCUGGAAGGGGACGGGUUGUUGCACUUCACUGAGUACAGUGCCUCUGGCUCCUGUCUGUCCAGUUACGAACGUUCCUGUAGUUGUCAGGGGGAGAGUCUGGAUCCCUCCAGGACUUACCUGGAGAAGGGGAAUUGCUCGUGUAGCUUCACUUGCCAGCGCUGGGCUUCGGAGUCCCUUGCAGCUGAGGAUGAAGCCUUUGGUCCUGAUUCAGCACCAUGGCCGCAGGGCCAGGGGGAAGACGAGGAAGAUGACGGAGUGUCCAAGGCCAGUGAGGACCUGUGCGGCUCUGGCAGGCUGCUCAGCGGCAGGAAGAAUGGGAGACGCCAGAGGCACCGCUCUGGCACGAAGGACAAGGAGGAGGGGAAGGAGAAUGCCAAGCGGGAGGGUAGGUCUGUGCCGGCUGGUGGAAAGCACAAGCAGGCCAGGAAGAGGAGCCAUGUGGACCGGCGGCGCCACCUAAAAGCUGAGGUCCCCAAGCAGCUGGAAGAGCUGGCCCGGGUCUGCGUCUCCUGUUUCAAGAAGCUCAUCAAGCUGGUGCUGGUCAUCACCCAUGAGUGCGGCGAGUAUGUGGAAGCUGGUGGGAGGUUCCUCUACUCGUGCUGUCAGCUCGACGCCUGGGCCCUGGGCUCAGCCCAAGGCAGCACGAGGACGUGGAUCCAGCGGGCCAAGAGCAGCUCGGGGAAGGCAGCCCGGUGGCUGGGUUCCUGGGGGAACUGGCUGUGGCGGCUGCUCAGGAUGCUGGGUGCCCUGCUCUUCCUGGUGCUCGUGCUGCUCCUGGGCAGCCUGCGGCUGUGCUGGCGACUCUCCAAGUCCCUGCUUCUUGCUGGGGUAGGUAAGCUGGGCAGAACCAGCAGCGUGGCCUGGCUCCUCUCGCUCCUGGGCUCGCCCUUCCUCCGCAGAACCUGGGCUCUCUUCAAAGAAACCAGGACUUGCAAGUACGCGUCACGCUUGCUGCAAAAGUGGCCAGGGCUGCUUGGGGCAGCCAAAGGGCUAAGGACCGAUGAGCUGGGAGCGGCUGCGACUGGCCCGGAUCUUAGCGCAGGGGGGCGCUACCCGCCCAGCCAGGAGGUGGCACGGCUGCUGGCCCUGGCCGACGUGCCCGAGGAAGAGCUGAACCCCUUUCAGGUCCUGGGGCUGGAGGCGACUGCUUCAGACUCGGAGCUGAAGAAGGCCUAUCGUCAGCUGGCUGUGCUGGUUCAUCCCGACAAGAAUGAGCAUCCGCGGGCGGAGGAAGCCUUCAAGGUGCUGCGAGCUGCCUGGGAUAUCGUGAGCAACCCGGAGAAGAGGAAAGAGUACGAGAUCAAGCGGAUGGCAGAAAGUGAGCUGACAAAAUCCAUGAAUGAGUUCCUCACCAAGCUGCGGGACGACCUGAAAGAGGCCAUGAACACCAUGAUGUGUAGCAAGUGCCAGGGGAAGCACAAGAGGUUCGAGAUGGACAGAGAUCCGCUCAGCGCUCGCUACUGCGCGGAGUGCGGCAAGCUGCACCCUGCCAAGGAGGGAGACUUCUGGGCCGAAUCAAGCAUGCUGGGGCUGAAAAUCACCUACUUCGCCCUGAUGGAUGGGAAAGUCUAUGACAUCACAGAGUGGGCCGGCUGCCAGCGGGUUGGAAUCUCUCCCGACACCCAUCGCGCCCCGUAUCACAUAUCGUUUGGAUCAAGGAGCUCCGGCUUGGGUGGACGCCAGAGAACUGCCUCUGAAGGCAGCCCCGCCUCAGCUGCAGACCUGCAGGACUUCUUCAACCGCAUAUUUCAGGGGACCCCGGGGCAGAUGCCCAACCCCCAGGCAGCAGCUCCUUCUGCUUCAGCCCCGAAGACAGAGAGUGCAGCCCCAAAAGGGGACUCAAAGCAGAAAAGGCGGAAGAAAGUGCGCCGUCCCUUCCAGCGCUGAGGAGCGGCGUGGCCAGUGCGGGAGAGUAACCGGGUGGGGGCUGCUUUGCACUUGGCCUGGCAGGAGGCCACAAGCACUGACAGGAAACAAAGCUCCUGUGUACGUCCCAGCAGGCAGCUGGGCGCGUCCCGGGCUCUAGGUCGGGCACUAAAAGGGCUCUUUACAAGAAGAAGAAUCUAUUUUUUUCUUUAGAUAUUUAAAAGCCAACCAGGCGUUUGGGGAAUUUCUGGCUGAUGCCGUUAACUUCUAGUGUAAAGAACCAGACCCAGUGAUACCAAAGAACUCCAGCAGGGGGUGCCCUGCAGGAUCCCUGGAGACACCAGCCCAGUGUGUGUGGAAGGAGGGUGUCCCUGCGGUUGGGGGGUGGGGAAGCUGGACAGAGCCAUGGAAUCUCUUCAGGGUUACUUUAAAAAUCAGGGGAUGUUUCAUUUCCAUAAAGGCCACAUCUGGGAUCCAUUGGGAGGCAGCCAUGUCCCUUCCCUCCACUUGCCCCCGUUUCUCAUGCGCAGCUCCCCUUCACUCCCCCGCCCAUUGACGUCUGCGUCUUGCAGCCCUCCGAGAGCUGCGGGGAGCCAUAACGCGUCACACACAGCACUGAGCAGGAUCCCUUAGAACUGAAUCACAAUUUGGCCUCUAAAGCUUCUGCAGCAGAUCGCAUUCUUGACCCCUCCCAUCCGCACAGCUCAUCACCCCAGAAGAACCACGCCAAGCGGUGAACCCCGGUGCUGGAGGGCGGCUUGCUCAGCUGACUGGAGAAUGCUCCUAGAGAGCAGCCCAGCCUUUGGCCCUGGCAGACAAGACUGAGCCCUUUGUCUAACUCUUGCAGGGUCUUAUCCACACCUACUCCUGGAGCCAGGGCAUCUGUCUGCGCUCUCUGCCGAGCCCUGUUGCCCCACAGGUGAAAUGAGGCGUGGGUGGGUGCUCCCUGUGCUGUGACUGGCUCUGUUCCCAUGGUGGUGGGAGCACAGGCUGGCCCCUAGCUUCAUGCUGACCCCCCGUCGGAUUCCCCCUCAGCCCUGCUUCCCGGCCAUGGACACCUUGUCUGCUAGCUGGGCUCAGCCAUAGUCCUGAGACUUGGGAGAGCGGUUCCCCAGCGGGUUGCUCUGGGAGCUCAGCUGUGAGGUGCUGUCUGCACAAGUCUCCUGAGCUGUGCAGCCAGUAUUGACUUUACUGUUCACAGGGAUGCCUGCUGGGGCCAGCCGCUCGCAUACGGGGACUAGGCUUUCCAAAGAAGCAAGGUCAAGUUUGUAAGCCCAGCCCCAACCCAUCAAAACCCUGGUCUGCUUCUGCUGGGCAAGCUCCUGGCAGUCAGUCAGACGGGUCUGUAACUGUCCAGCCUCUUACUGAAGGGUUGGUCUUGGGUUCUAACAGCUGGUUCCUAUUUGUCUGUACAUAUCUCUGUUUAAUCCCAUGUGCGUACCCCUUGUGAUAAAUCUAGCUCAAUCCCUGAGAGCAGCUGGGGGAGUGCUUCCCCCCUUCCCUGGGCAGCGUCGGUCCGUUCCAUGUAUUACACCUCGGCUUUCUGUAGGCACUUUCUGUAACCUCCUUAGGUUUGCUCUUCCGGUCGCUAACGUGCACCCAGCUCACAGAGCUGAUGCUGAAUUACUCUAACCCCAGUUGGAGUAAAGCUGAUUUUUAAGUUGUGCCAGGAAAUAAGACUCGUUUUCCUUGUCAGGGUGUUUAUGGCAUUCCACUGCUGAAUUUCCAAAAUGAAUUGGAUUUAGGGUAGGGCCUACACAAACAAUUGUGUGGGUGUGAGCAGAAAGCUCUGCUUUACGAUUAAACUGGUGAGUGUAUGUUCUACAAUUACCCAUCCCCUGCAAAAUAAACCCCCGCAGGAUUACAUAAGAGUAUUCUCUUCACACCCAACUUGUGUAUAGACACCACUGUGCAGCUGUGAAAAAGGGGGACAUAACAAGCAGGAGGCCUGGCCCCUGCCAAAGCUGGAUUUUGGGCUAGUGGAAGAAAACUAGGACAGUAACUCAGGCACUCAAAACUGCCUCAAAGCGACACGAGCCAGCAGGGGCCAAGCUGGGGUCGGACACACUAAACUGUAGUUUGUGGUGCCUGUCUGUUAAGUAACGCCUGAGCAGGCCGCACUGGACGGGGGGUGAGGGCAUGUAUUUCCUCAUCACCUUUCUUAGAAUGACAAGACUAAGCUCUUUAAAACAAGCCCUCCCAGCUCAGCCUUCCUCUAGGAGCUUUGUUAUUUGAGCCCCUUUUCAUUAUUUGAAGGGUGUGAUGGGAACCACCUGGCUGGCUUCUCUGUCAACUGUUUCUCCCCCCAGGUGUCACUCACCUGCAAACCCUGAUUCCUCUUCCCAAGGUGAACUCUGGGCAGCAGGACUGCAGAGCUCUUUCCCUCUGGCGAACUGGUUCUAAGGGCCACUGAGCUGGGAGCGAGUCUCAGCAUCACAUGGCUAUUUGGGGGGUGUUAUGUCAAGUGAAUCAAGGGUCUUUAGCUGGUUCCUUGGGGACGUGCAUCCAUGUCCCUAAAAAUCCCAGCUACGGUGGGUGCAAAUGUGGCGUCCUCAGAGAGGGCAGCAUGAUUGUAUGCAGGACCGCAGGGCCUGACCGGACCCCUGAGGCAGGGGGGCAGCUUGGACUGUUUCUGCCAGGGCUGUACCUGGGCUGUGGAGAGGUGGCCCACAGCUGGCGCCCCAUCCCCUCUCCUGGGCUCAGUUACCUUGAGCUGAGCAGGCAGACAUUAGCUCUAGGUUUGAAGUUGGUGGGAGGAGGAAGCCGUAUUUAACACAGGGCCAAUCACGGUCACUGGUGCACAAAGGCUGAAUGGACAACGUAAAGCCAUGUAGUCCUGCUGUGCAUCCAACUGAUUAUUUAGAAGGGCCAGGAAGGGAGCUAAUCAUAAGAACGGCCAGACUGGGUCAGACCAAUGGUCCCGCUAGCCCAGUGUCCUGCCUUCAGAUAGUGGCAGGUGUCAAGUGCUUCCGAGAGAGCGAACAAAACAGGGCAAACAUUGAGAGAUCCAGCCUGUCUUCCAGGUCCAGCAUCUGGCCGUCAGAGGUUUAAGGUCACCGAGCACGUGGGGCUGUGUCUCUGCCCAUCUUGGCUAACAGCCAUUGAUGGACCUCUCCCCCGUGAACGUAACUCAUUCUUUUUUUGAGCCCAGUUAGGUUUGGCCUUCACCACGUCCCCUGGCAAGGAGUUCCACAAGUUGACUGUGCGUUGUGGGAUCCAUGGUUGGUUUUAAACCUGUUGCCCAUUAAUGGCAUUGGGUGAUGCCUGGUUGGUUUGUUAUGGGAAGGGGUAAAUAGCACGUCCCUAGACACUUGCUUCCCGGCAGUCAUGACUGUACAGACCUCUGUCACCCCCCAUCUCUUUUCCAAGCUGAGCCACCCUGUUUUUAAUCUCCUGACCUGGAAGCUCUCCCCAAGGGAGACCCACCCUGGCUCACACUCAUGGAGAACCGGGCUGCUGGGGAUUUGCUCUCUCUAGUUCUCAGCUGCAACGGACACCUUGGCUGGUAGUGCCUUGGUGACCCCAAAACGUACAUUAAGGGGCCUUGGAAAUAUACCAGGUGGGAACCACUCCUCCAGUCAUGUUCUAGCUGCAAUCGCAUGGGGCAGGAAAUGAGGCAGCUCCAGCAUUGUAAUGUCCUCCUGGUCUGUAUGCUCGGGGCUUCUUGUUGGCUCCUCUCGGGCAGCUGCCACAGCCACCUUGCUGCUCCUUACCCCUUCAUGUUUACGGGGGAGCCUGUCUACUGCAGGGCUGUCAACCUCCUUAGCUUGUCUCUUCAUCAUGAGCGAGUACAGUAAAGCUUGCCUUUGGCAGACGCCAGAGCCUCUCUUUCGCUGGGGACUCCCUCCCUGUACACUGAAAGCCACAGGCUCACCACUGCAGCUGUAGCUUUGAGCUGAGCAGGCACAGAGCGCUGGAGAGCAGCCACGCCCUAGGACACUUACCUGGUCUCACCUGCCAGCUUGCUCUGUUCUUUGCUCCCCUGAGCUUGUGUGGCUUUUGCGGCUCUGCUGCCAGGGCUGCCUAACUCAGUUCACGCCGGGGGAGCCAGAAACCGAGUUAUAGGCACGUUCCCUCUCCCCCUGCCUCUGAGCAACUGAGCUCCUGUCGAUGUAGCUCGGCAGCCUCUCGGCGCAAGUGGAGGUUGGGGGAAGCGGUCUGGCUGGAAGCGCAUCUGCUUGGGCUGCUGCGGGGCAGAGCUGCCUUAAGACGCUUAAAUACGUUUUGCAAAAAAAUAAGUCUUGGACAAUCAAUCACUCUUCCUGACCUGUAUUGCCACGCGAGUGUUUGAUGUCGGGUGUAUUCACUGUUCACCUCCUUUGUCCUGAGGGCUGAGCACGGAGGUUUUUAAGAUGAUUGUGUAUCUCUUUCUUAUCACUUUUGUUAAAUUAAAAUACGAUUUGAAGAA